GAAUUCGAAAAGGAAGAAUAACUCAAUUGCAAAUUUCGUGGGCAAAACGAUAAGUUAAAGUAGUUUGUUGGGUUUAACUUGAAACUCUAAAACCCUAGUAGCCGCUUCUUCUAGACCCUUCUCUUUUCAUUUCAUAAACCCCACGCACACUCUCCUUUGCAUUUGCAUUUGCAUUUGCAUUUCUUUACUGCAUUUUCCCAAUCUUCUCUGUCUUUCAUAUUUACAUCAUGUAUCGCUUUGCUUCUAGUCUCGCCUCCAAAGCAAGGAUCGCUAGGAGUAGCCGCCAACAGGUUGGAAGUAGGUUGAGUUGGAGCAGGAACUAUGCGGCUAAAGACAUUAAAUUUGGUGUGGAGGCUCGGGCUCUGAUGCUUAAGGGUGUCGAAGAUCUUGCUGAUGCUGUCAAAGUAACCAUGGGUCCCAAGGGUCGUAAUGUGGUGAUUGAGCAAAGCUUUGGUGCUCCUAAAGUAACCAAAGAUGGUGUAACUGUUGCAAAGAGCAUUGAAUUCAAGGAUAAAGUUAAGAAUGUUGGUGCCAGUCUUGUGAAGCAGGUUGCUAAUGCUACUAAUGAUGUGGCUGGUGAUGGAACCACAUGUGCUACAGUCCUUACACGUGCAAUAUUUGCUGAAGGCUGCAAAUCAGUUGCGGCUGGAAUGAAUGCAAUGGACCUGAGGCGUGGUAUAAGUAUGGCUGUUGAUGCUGUAGUGACAAACUUGAAAAGCAGAGCAAGGAUGAUUAGCACAUCUGAAGAAAUCGCACAGGUUGGGACAAUAUCUGCUAAUGGAGAAAGGGAAAUUGGUGAGUUGAUUGCAAAAGCCAUGGAGAAAGUUGGCAAAGAGGGAGUAAUCACAAUUUCAGACGGCAAAACUUUAUAUAAUGAGUUAGAAGUUGUUGAAGGAAUGAAGCUUGACAGGGGCUACAUAUCUCCUUAUUUCAUAACAAAUGAUAAGAACCAGAAAUGUGAACUUGAGGAUCCCCUCAUUCUAAUACAUGAGAAGAAAAUCUCAAGUAUAAAUGCUGUAGUUAAAGUCUUAGAGUUGGCUUUGAAGAGACAAAGACCAUUAUUGAUUGUAGCCGAGGAUGUUGAAAGUGAUGCACUUGCAACUCUUAUUCUAAAUAAGCUUCGUGCUGGCAUUAAGGUAUGUGCUAUCAAAGCCCCUGGUUUUGGUGAAAACAGGAAAGCCGGUCUUCAAGAUCUUGCAGUACUAACAGGAGGAGCUCUUAUCACUGAAGAGCUUGGCUUGAAGCUUGAAAAAGUAGAUCUGGAUAUGCUCGGCUCUUGCAAAAAAAUAACAAUUUCUAAGGAUGACACUGUCAUUCUUGACGGAGCAGGUGACAAGAAAUCAAUUGAGGAAAGAUGUGAGCAGAUUAGGUCAGCAAUUGAAAAUAGCACUUCGGAUUAUGACAAGGAAAAGUUACAGGAAAGAUUAGCCAAGCUUUCUGGUGGUGUUGCAGUGCUUAAGAUUGGUGGAGCCAGUGAGGCUGAAGUUGGUGAGAAGAAGGAUAGAGUGACAGAUGCCUUAAAUGCAACUAAGGCUGCCGUGGAGGAGGGCAUAGUGCCAGGUGGUGGUGUUGCUCUUCUAUAUGCGUCAAAAGAGUUGGAUAAACUUCAAACUGCUAACUUUGAUCAGAAGAUUGGUGUCCAGAUUAUCCAAAACGCUUUAAAGACACCUGUGCUCACAAUUGCCUCAAAUGCGGGAGUUGAGGGCGCAGUAGUUGUCGGAAAACUAUUGGAACAGGAUAAUCCUGAUCUAGGAUAUGAUGCUGCCAAAGGUGAAUAUGUUGAUAUGGUUAAAUCUGGAAUAAUAGACCCCUUAAAGGUGAUUAGGACAGCCUUGGUUGAUGCAGCCAGUGUAUCAUCUUUGAUGACAACUACUGAAGCUAUUGUGUCUGAACUUCCAAAGGAUGAUAAAGAUACUCCAGCUAUGGGUGGUGGAAUGGGUGGAAUGGGUGGCAUGGAUUAUUAACCAGCUUCUAUUGAUUUGAUUGCACCUGAAAACAAUGGGAUAGGUGCUGAACCAACACUUACAGCCUUUUUUUUUUUUUUUUUUGUUAAAUUAGUUGUUGUGUGAAGGCAUCAUUGUAAUCAUAAUGAGAGAUCAAGAUGUAGGUAACAAAAUGUGACUGCAAUAAUUCCAAUUAUAAGAUAUUUCGAACCAUUUUUACUUCUCAAA